CUUCACCAGUCAGCCUGAAACUGGAUUUUCAACCAUGAAAACAGCUCCCUCUUGCUAUGAAAAACUGGAAUAGAACUCUUGCUAUCUGAUAGGGGGCUUUGUGAGUUUUUCACUGGAAAGAAAAAAUGAAUUAACAAUCAUCAAUUAAACAACCAUGUAAUUAAAAAAAAAACACAGACCAUCCAGCAAGACUGAAGAUUCUAUCCUAGAUCCUCAUUCACAGGGCAGGACAGACUGCAUUGAUAAAGGCUGCUACCUGAUCUGGCUUGAAAAGAGCAGAGUGCAAUUGUAUGCACAUUUGACUGAGUGCUUGGUACCACAUUUGCUGGAACUAGUCUUGUGUCUCAAUCAGGACUGCAUCAGUGAUGUGACCUGUCUCUGAAAGCAACACUCUGGGUCCACUUCUCAUUCUACCAACAUUGUUGCACCUAUAUUGUUCCAGGUGAGUUUAAUUUCCUUUUUUUUUUUGCUUUUACAUAUUACUUGUUUUUAGCAACAGGAUGGCAAACAGCUAGAUCCCCAGCUCUUAUAGGACUACAACUCCCAUGGUGCACUAUUUUUGCACAGUCCCUAUUCUAGAGAUUGAUGAAGACAUUGUAUAUUCUUAGAUAUUUAGAAAUCUGCAGUUUAUGGGAGCUGUCCUUUCAGCACCACACACCAGUAUCUCUUGGCUGUUUAAUAUUUGCCUUCACUUGCUGCAGACAUGUGAUUAGCUGUGAGUGUGUAACCAUUAAACAGAAGUAUCACUAUGCAGACAGAAUCAUUAAAGCUUCUAAGGAGUUAUCAUUUAACACUGGGAGACAAAGCUACAGGCUCAAUGCGAGACAUAGAUGUGAGUUUGUUAUUACAUAAAAAUAAAUGUGCACCAACAUACAGCAGCCUUUUUUAAAGUUACAAUGUAGAUAAAAAAUUUAGGUUUUAUUAAGGAUGAAUGAUUGCAUACACUUCUACAAAAUCUAGUUUAAAACCAAAAAUAUAUCUACUGAAAACCUCUUUUUGUAUUUGCACAUUGGACACCUGCUUAGAUAUAUGUAGGUGUAAUUUAUGUAUGUAUAUGGGUGUAUACAUUAUUAGAAACAUAGUACAUGUAAUAUAUCUACAAAGCUUAUAUGAAAUGAUUCUGUUCACUGCAGGGCUGUAAAAUAUAAUUUGUACUGAGCACGCUUCAAACAGCAGGUAUUACAGUCUAGAUACGUGGGAUUCUUCCAAACUCUGUUUAACCCCUUAAGGACCAAACUUCUGGAAUAAAAGGGAAUCAUGACAUGUCACACAUGUCAUGUGUCCUUAAGGGGUUAAGACAUUAUCAGAGGCUGAGCGUUGCCAUGUUAUGAUUCUGCGACUGUGUUUAGAGAGAAUCUCAGACACUUCAUCAUAUAAUGGGAAAUCUGACAUCAACACAGAAAACCAGACUCUUAACCCUUUGAUUUUCUCAUUUGCCUGGCACAAAGGGUUAAAUAUGCUAUUCGGUGAAAUUGCUGGAGGUUUCAAUAUUAAAAGAUGUUCUUAAAUUCAGGUUGUGACCAGAACAUAGAAUAAAUAUUUUAAAAAUUGAAAGUUAAAUCUUGUUUCUGUUUGUUUGGGAGGUUUUUAUUUGGGGGACGGAGGGCUGUCUUUGUUUUUCUUUAAACAUUUUAUAUUUGUCAGUUGUAUUGUUUUUUUUUUUUUAACCCAUUUAACACUUAAAAGCUUUUUUACAAUUUUUUUUUAUUGAUUUCUUUUUUUCUGUUAAACUGUUAGUGCUAGUUUUAUUUUGUUGUCGAUAUUUUUUUGUUUGUUUGUUUUUGCUUCUGUCUUUACUAACGUGGAUCCAAGGCAACAGCUUACAAGAGUUAGUGAUAAAAUAAAGCAAUUUUCUAUAUUGAUGUUUGGUGAUUUGUUUCGAGCCAUUUGCGUUGGUGCAAUGAUGCACUCUGUUAGCGUUUAGAUAAAUCAGACGUAUACUAAAUUAUGUAUUAGUCACAGCGAACAAAAUAUGUCCAAAGGCGUCUUGUGACAUAGGAAGUACAAAAAAAUCUAGCUUUGGUAAUUUGUCAAUGUCACUACUCUCUUGUUAUGAUGCGCUGUGAUUAAUUUGCCUAAUUUGAGGUUAAUAUUUCAAAUGUGCACGGCAUUAUUCUAACUAUCAUAUGAGCUGCUUCAAAUUGAAGGUGACUCAAACCACUUGUGUAUGCCCUCUAGUCUCUAGUCUAGUCUAAUAAUAGAAAAAAUUAUUUUUAAAAAGUUAAAUAAUAAAAAAAAGAGUUAGCAUUUUAGUUCUUUGGGUUGCCAGUUUUCACCUUUAAGGCGUUAUUUUUUUUUACCAUAGCAAUGAGCGCAUUGAAUGGUAUAUAGAGAAUGAAUAAAAAAUAAUGGGGAAAACGACUGUAAACACAUGACAGUUUGAGAUAUUAGUAAAAAAACUCCAUUGUUAUUGCAGAAGUACAUCCCUUCCACAGUUGGAACUCUAAUAUUAGGAGUCCGCCAUUCGCAUUAGUGAAUAACCGUCAUUGCCUGCAUCCAGUGCAUUGAAACAUUGUUUAAUAUUAACAGUAACAUUUUUGGAACAACUCGAGGUCAAAAUGCAAAAUAUGCACCUUGUGACUCAAAAUAAUUUAUAUGCUAAUUGGUUCCCAUUAAGCACUUUCGCCAAUAAUUGCUUCUAUUUGACUUCCCAACAUAGGCCAAUUUCAUCAUGUAUUACUGCAGAAAAUAACUGUCAGUGGUUUAGCACAGGGUGGUUUUCUGGGGUACAUAACCUAACCUAGACUGGGACAUCCUAAAAUGACAGUAUACUAUACACUAGAAGAGAUCAGUAGCCCUGAAGAUUAUGAGAAUGUUAUAAAAAAAAAAGUUCCAGUAAAAUGUUUAUUUAAAGCAAAAUGGACCCAUUUAAAUUAAAAUGGACCCACCUAGCACAAAAAGUACAGACCACAAGCCAUUCUUUGGUUGGUUAUACAAAUUUGAUCUAUAGAUUGUGCUGAUGAAACCACUAGCAAGUGUAUAAAUUAAAAUAUAUACUCAUCUGAAGCUUGCCUCUGUCUCUUUAAUCCCCUUCACGACCAAGCAACUUUUGUUUAAAAAAAAACAAAGAAAUUGCAUGUUAAUCAAUAGCACCCUGCAGCUGAGCUCAUUGCUGGAUUUGAGUACUCAUUUGUAUUCCUAGCACUGUACUGUUUCUUUAAUGUAGUACCAUGUCAUUUUUUGUAUGAUGAUGCACUUUAAGAUACAGUUUUCUUUAAGGAACCCUGCUUGUGAAUAUAAAAUUCUAACAUUCUCAUUAUGAGCUAAAAUGUCUUGAUUCAAAUGAUCACUCGAUGAAUUAUAACCACUACAGUUUAUUAAAGUGGUAAUGGUGCAAGAAUUAUUUGUGUGCUGUCUGUCUGUCAAAACAUUUUCACUCACUUUGACAGAAAAAAAAAAUGUCUCUAAAAAGCCCAGACUAAAUCCUUAGUUAACGCAGAAGAAUCAUUUUUGCAUUUUUUUAUACAGACUGCUAGCUCUUGGGACAAGUUAGCCCAGCAUUUGGGAUGUGUCAAUGCCAUCCAAUGUCAGAAGGCUUAGGGUGGAAAAUUCAAAAAUAUCUGUAUUAUCUGAGCAGCAGGUCUAGGUUUUGGGUGCUGGGAGAGCACAGGUUUUUGUCAAAGACACAAAAAUAGUUUGACAAAAAUGGGAUGGUAUCCGAAGACUCCUUGCACCAUAACUACUACAAAACCUGUCGUAGCUAUGAUGCUUAGAGUGUUCCUUAAAAUAGUAAUAGUGAGUUGACAGCCAGGUGGCAAAAUAUAAACAAAAAUUGCCAAGUUGGAAAACAAAAAUCCCAAAUCUGUUGACUAAGACAAUUUACCAAGUUGAGCUAUUUUGGUGUAAAAUUUCCAAGUCAGUGGUCAAAUAGCCGCAACUCAAUAUUUAGUGAAAACACCAUUAACUAAAACUAAUUUAUUAUUGUUGCAAGAGAGAGAUUGAUCAAUAAUCCAUUGAAACGGAUUACUCACUGGCCUUGGUUCCCCAUGGCUGGCAAGUAAUCAAUGGUCUGCUGUAUUCCUGGUUAAAAAGAAUCACACACAUCAUUUUAUAGCUUGUAGGGAGACAUCAGUAAUUUUAUUCUGGAGUUUCGGGGAUGGUGGCAGAGUGCAAAUUUAGGGAAACUUUAUAAGCAGAGUAAAGUAUAAAAAAUAAUGUACAGUUUUUGUGUUUGUUUUUUGAACAUUUUAUUUCAUAAUGAGAAGAUAUUUAAAAAUGUUUGCCUGGUUUGAGAACACGGCACCACCACUGUAGCAGAUGGGUUGAAUAGCUGCAUAGGGAACAUGUUUGGGAGUUUAAACCCAGUGAUGGAUGUAAAGGGGUACUCCAUGUUUGUGAUGCAUUAUAUAGAGUAGCAAUUCUUAACCUUUUUUUGACCUGGACCCCAAUUACAUUCACAAGUAUUUUUACAAUCCAUUCUUUCAUUUUAUAAAGACACUAAAGGCACUCACACCAUUUAGUUUUUAAUAGAGUGGUUUGGGUGCAGUGGUCCAUUGAUUUUUACCCUGCAAUGUAAAACAUUGCCAUUUUGUAGAAACUUCAAUUUUUCUACUUCUGGUUUAAACACACCUCUAGUGGUGUCUUCCAGACAGACACUAGAGGUGCUUUCUCUGUGUGAAUCAGACUUCUGCUUCUGGAGAACAUUUAAUUGGUGCAGUGUAGCGAUUUGCUGUGCAAGCACACUACCCUCCCAUUGGCAGGGGAACAAAAAGUGGUCCUUUGUGUUCUGUUCCAUUACAGACAUGACUAUAAUAACAUCACAACUUUUUAUCUAAAACUCUGGCCGUGUAAGGACACAUAUGAAAACCCAUGACCAUCAAUUCUCUCAUUAUAGAACCACACUCCAUACUUCUCAUGAUACAGAGAAGCAAGUAACCAUGUGUUCUUUUUAACCCAUUAGACAUCCAUACCUAAUAUGAAUAUAAAUAGGAAUAUAGAAUAAGUAAUACAUGUAGGGGUAUGGAGGCAUAUAAAAUUUUUAUAGAGUGGAUUUUGCAAUCCACCGCACUUAGAAAAAGUUAUGCACAGAGAGAAGGGGUAGAGUAUGAUCUCCUUACACCAUAACCUCCGCGAGGAAUAUUGCAAAUCGUUGCUUUGAGUUUCCCUUUAAGAUGUGACUGGCUAAAGCUGUAGAGUAUACAUUUAAUAGCUGGUUUGAAAAUGAGCAAACCAGAUGGGCUAAUUGGUUCUCGUCUUUAUUCACAGUCUACGUCUCAAUCGCCACAUCCAACUUUGUCACACCAAUAAUUUCCAUAUCAAUGCUCAAAUUCCUGAGUUUAUUAUCAUGAAUCUUCAUGACAGCAGUUCAACGCAAAUCUGCCAGGAAAAAUAGUUAUAUGGAGAAUAUGCAUAUGUUCGUAAUUUUUAAUAAUCUUAAUAUUAGCAUCACUUUUUAGCAGAUCAUUAUUGGAAAAUUUCCUAUUGAAUAGCUGGAAUACCGAGAGAAAAUAUCACAUAUCACCACGUAAAUACAUUAUGAUGUUUAAAAAUCUAUGAAAAAAAACCAUAUCAUAAUUAGAGAUGUCGCGAACCGUCCGCGAACUUCUCAUGAACGGUUCGCCACGGUUCGCCACAAGCUGUUCGCGGCGAACUCCGGUCAGCUGACACGUCCCGGCCAAUCUCCAGCAGACCCUCCCUCCCAGACCCUCCUACUUCCUGGACAGCAUCCAUGUUGAAACAUGUCAGCUGACCGGAGUUUGCCGCGAACAGCUCGUGGCGAACCGUGGCGAACCGUUUGCGAGAAGUUCGCGGACGGUUCGCGACAUCUCUAAUCAUAAUCAUGUAGUCUUGUUUAUACUGGAAUCCCUUUGCACCUACAAGAACCAGCAUAUAUAUAUAUAUGUAUAUAUCAUGUUUUCAUUAUUGUAAGGGUAAAAAUCGAAUCAUCUAAUCUGUAUUUAUUGCAUUUUCUCUUCCAGAUUGUCCGCUUCUCACUUGCAACAUGCAAACACAACACACAGCGACUGAACAGAGAAAAUUUGCAAAAGGCAAUGCCAAGAUCUCCCAGUUAAAUCUGGAACUAAAAUUAUCAUCAUUCUGCCCACCGCCUUAAGGAAGCUAUGAAUUCCUCAGCUCAGAUUCCUGACACUAACUAUUCCCUUCCAGAACUCAUCAACUCGAAGAGCAAUCUCUCCACACACAUAUACGAAAAUGACAGCCAGAAGCUGAACGUUGAAGAACUUGAAAAAAUACUCUUUCUGUUUGUCAAAGAACCUAUUACAAUAAGCCUGACUGCCAUGUAUAUUCUAUCGUUUGUGGUGGGAAUUAUUGGCAACAUAAUGUCUAUUAAAGUACUGACUGGAAAGCGGACCGGUAAGACGUCUAGUUUAAGCGCCACCCGAAGUUUACUUAUCAAUCUGGCCAUAUGUGACCUUAUGGUGGUUUGUGUCUGCAUGCCCAUAACAGUGGGGAAUUUAAUCUACAAAGCUUGGGUGUACGGGGAUUUUCUUUGCAGGGCAGUGCCUUAUAUCCAAGCUGUUUCUGUUUCCGCAAGCGUACUCAGCCUUACGGUCAUAAGCGUGAACCGUUACUACAGCGUGCACAACCCACUAAAUGCUAGGUCUUUUUUUACCCAGAAGAAAAUAUUGUGCACCAUUGUUGUGGUGUGGGUAUUUUCUUCAAGUAUCUGCAUGCCUCUGAUAUUUAUGAAUAAAAGAGAUGAGAUUGAGAUUGUUCCCGGUCUGCCAUUAGUAUCCCCUAUCUGUAGAGAGGUGUGGCCUCAUGUGAUUUUUAAGCAAGCUUAUAACUUCCUCCUGUUCUGCUCUCUGUAUUGUCUGCCGGUUCUCUUCAACAUGGUCAUCUGCUUCUUGACCAUACGCAAGUUAUGGAGUUCUGGGAAUAAUUUUAAAGAGUGUGACUUCAGAAACCAGAGUUUGCCAGUGUCCAGACUGAAAAUUAGAAAGAAGAUUGCAAAAAUGGUGGUGGCUUUGGUUUCCCUGUUUGCCGUUUCCUGGCUUCCUGUGUACAUGUUGGAUAUUUGGAUUGAUUUUAACAUCCCUCAAUCUUCUCAAGAUGUUGCUCCAUCACCAUGGAUUCUCCAGUUGAGACCCUUCGCUCAAUGGCUUGGUCUCACCAACUCCAGUCUCAAUCCAAUAUGUUAUUGCUUUGUUGGUGAUCUCUACAGGUCAGCCAAACAAAUGAAGACCAUGUAUCAAAAUAGAAUGGUUUCCAUGUUUAGUUUCUCGUUCUCGGACAGUUCUCCACACUCAAUCCCAAAACUUCUUUCCUACAAGAACUCGAUGCAUUCAAUGAAAGGAUCGAAAAAAAAUAACUUCCCUUUGGCAAUGGAGGACAAAUGCGAAAACUGCUAUUCCGCAACAAGAGUGUUUUCAACCACAGACCCAGAGAGCCAUCUCUCAUCAUGAAAUAUCUUGUCAUUAAACCUGACACCCUGUGAAUAUAGAACAUUCAAUCUAGUUUGUACUCGUAAACUGUGAAACAAAUGCAACCAAUGAAUGUAUAAAUUGGAUUAUAGAUUUAUGAACUAAACAGUGACAUUAUUUGGCUUGUUUAACAGAUGCUUUGAAUAUUGUAUUUCUAUAACACUGGGUUCUUAUCUGCCUCAGCUGUAUGAAAGGAAAUGCAUUGUUAUUUUUCGACAUUGUUUCUGGAACAUGAUGAAAAAGCACACAUGGAUAUUUUAAUCAAAAAUGUUCACGUAAACAAAUAUAUAUAUAUAUAAUUAUCUACUAAAGAAUGUAUGUCAGCACACAGCAGAACAUACAUGGAGACAUUGAAUUCAUGUACGAAAUAGUAGACAUUCGUGAUAUUACAUGUACAAGUAUAGAUCGUGACUACGGAUAACAAUUGAUUGGCCUGUCUAGUGUUCCCAUAAUAACAUUCUUAUAAUGGGUUCUCAACGAUAACCAUAAAGAGGUAUUAAAACCUUGCGCCAUGGAAACUCUUUAUUCCUUUUCAUUGGUAACUAAAUGAUAAGUAAUAGUCUUACCUUUGCAAAUAAGUCUAACCUUGUGCAUUUUGGAUAUGGCUGAACUCUUCGCUAGCCACCGGGCAAGCAACAUUGCAUCUCUCUGUUCCUUUAAGCACAAUUUAUGUAAUCUGGAACCUUUUGAAUGCUUCCACUGGAAGGCUAUUCCAGAUAUUUGUAUUGCCACUGAGCUGUCAGAUGUGUAUUACCUUACAUUUAUCCUUUCACAUGGCAAGUGAUGCUGUAGAACCUUUUGGAAGUAACCCGGAUGGUUGUAUUUCAAACUGGGUGUAUAAGCAUUUAUCAACUUUUGUGCCAUCAAAAUAUAAAAGUACAACAUAGAACAUUGUUAUUUUUCAAAGUCAGUCUGUCAUAUUUGCAAU